AUGAGCCAAGAUCCCCAGCCGGCGGCGCUGUACAGCCAUCAGCGCGAGGCGGGUUCGGUACGGACUGCCCUGCCAUCAAGACCUAUGUCUUCGAAGCAAGGCGACAAUUCAGCCGCCUCCUCUCAAGAACGAACCAGACUUCCUUCUGGCCAAGACAGCCGCGACAAUCGCCGGAGACUAAGCGGAAGCCCGUCCGGCUCUAAAACGAGUCCAACUCCUGGUAUUAUGUCACAACAACAGAGUCCCCGAUCAGAUCAUGGCUCAAAAGCAAGUCCGCCUCCCAAUGGUAGCCAAGGACAAGUCUGCAGUAAUUGUGGAACCACCCGAACACCUUUAUGGAGGAGAUCGCCUCAAGGUGCCACAAUCUGCAACGCCUGUGGUCUCUAUCAGAAAGCCAGGAAUGCCUCCCGACCUACUAGUCUCAAGCGGCCACCGAAUGUUGUACCUGCAGAGCCCCCUCGAACUGCUGCGCCCAAGCCUGCUGUAGAUACUCCUUCGAAAGCAGCGUCAAAUGCGACAUACGUUUCCGCUGAUCAAACCCCCGGAGGAACUUGUCCUGGUGGUGGUCGCUGCAAUGGAACAGGUGGCGCGGAAGGCUGUAACGGUUGCCCAGCUUAUAACAAUCGUGUUUCCAAGAGUGCCAACCUCGGUGGGACCCAGAAGCGACAGAGCUGUCAAAGCCGAAGUGAAAGCACAAAACCAGAGCCAGUACCGUUGGAUGUUAAUGCUAUGCAAAGCCAGCAGAAUUCGAAUGCUACGGUUGUGAUUGCGUGCCAAAAUUGUGGCACAACCAUCACACCACUGUGGAGGCGUGACGAGAGUGGUCAUACUAUCUGCAACGCUUGUGGGCUGUACUAUAAGCUUCAUGGCGUCCACCGACCGAUGACCAUGAAGAAAUCAACGAUCAAGAGACGAAAGCGAAUCAUUCCCGCCUCGCAGGAUGAAGAAAUGGAGGAUGCAAUGGAAUCCGCGGAACAACAGAGCCAGUAUGAUUCGAAAGCUGAAAGAGGGUCGAUGAACGAGGAUGGUUCUGUCAACCUUGGCCUUCGCCGUCGUCCAGAUCAUCCGCUCACGAUCGAACCGCUACCAGUUAUACGACCUGGUAGAACGAUAUCUCCAUUACCCUCAACGUCUGACCUUGCCGCGUACCACCAGUCAAACAAUCCACGUCACUAUACAGGGUCUCUGAAUGACGAUAAUCGACUGGCUCCUAUGGCAUCAAUGGCGUCGAAUAAUGAUAGGAAGACAUCUUUAUCCCCGGCCUCGUUUCUCUCGCCAACGCGAAAACGAUCCUUCUCGACCACGGAAAGCGAAGCAUUUGCCUCGCAAGAGCCUCCACAUGAGAGCUCAAAACGGAUAUCUUCAAUCAACCUCAAAUCGAUACUCAACCCCUCGACCUCAGCUGGCGCCCCUCCCAACAUAGGGACCGGAAGCGACGACGGCGAUUACUCCUUACCCCCGCUGCGAUCUCCUGGCAGUACUACUGCGUCAGCUCCUAGUCCCAGUGCCUUUUCCAAUCGUGACAAUACUCCGGUUGUUGGACCACGCGAUUUCGAGGGCGAGAGGCUAAAGGCUGAGCGUCGAGCUGCUUUACAACGCGAAACAGACAGGAUGCGGGAAAUGCUCGCCGCCAAAGAGCGAGAAUUGCAAGAGCUUGGACAUGAUUAA